GGAACCCAAAUCAUUACCCCGCCGUUGGUGAAGCAGUUGUUUUACGAAGAAAAAAAUUAAGAAAAUGGUGUGCAAGUUGGCAGUAGUGCUCUUUGUAGCAAUCUUUGCAGUCUUUGUACAGACUCAUGCAGUAGACAACGACGACGUACCACAAGUGAGAAAUGACGCUGAAAAGCUACUCGAAAAACUGGAGGCAGCUGUUGACGAAGCCUUGGUCCAAGCCCAACAGGCUCUAGACGACGCCAGAAACAAAGUAGACCAAACUGCAGCAGCCAUCGAAGCAUCGGCAGAAUCAGAAAUGAAAAGCACCGAAGACAAGUUCAGAGAAGAACUGGACAAACUGAAGGAAAAGGCUGCCAAUGCUGGCGUUAACAUCGACGAUUGCCUGGCGGGCAACGAAGAUAAGCUGGUGAACCUGCCGAAUGUUUUUACUGAAGAUAUGGUGCACUGCGUGUCCGACAGGAUUGAUCAAGGCAUUUCCUAUGCACAAGAUGCUUUAGAUGCGGUGAAAAAGGUCGUCGAGGAGGUAGAGAACAUCAAGCAAGAAAUCAAGGACUGCGGUCACGGACUUAAGGCGGUGAAAUGCUUGGCCAAAUUGGCGCUACAAAUCGAAAAAGACAUCACUAGCUUACCCACCAAAAUCGAGGCUGACGUAGCAGCCACUGUCGCCUUGAUCGCUCAGUUGGAGGACAAAGUAAAAGAAUGCGCUUCUACUAAGGUAGACGAAUGCGAGUCUGAAGGAGAGAAGACUUUGGCAAUAAUUGCUGCCUGUGUAGCAAGCAAAAUUAUUACAUAAACUUUUCAGUUUUACAGUAUCGUGUUACGUGUAUAAUCUGUACUCAGUACCAAUAAAUAAAUGUAUCCUGUUCGUA